AUGGAGUACUGGACAAUUGCCUUGCAAGUAAUUGUUGCUUUGUUAGCAAUUUACUAUUAUAUUAAUCGCCGGUACAGCUUUUGGACGGAUCGUGGAGUUCCAGGGCCCAAGCCAAAGUUUUUAGUAGGCAACUUUUUAGAUUUGUUUUUGUACGGUCAAGUGAACAUGGAAAAGAAAUGGGCGGCAAAGUAUGGCAAGAGUUAUGGCAUUUAUCAAGGCUUGAAUCCGGUUUACACAAUUCUCGAGCCUGAACUUGUGAAGACUGUUCUUGUCAAAGACUUCCCAACAUUUGUUAACCGUCAAGUGAAUUUGAAUGAUCACGAAAUUUUGGCAUUGAAUCUUUUCAACUCUGAAGAUGUAGUGUGGCGCCGAAUUCGAGCAAUUACAUCUCCCAGUUUUACCAGCGGAAAACUCAAAGGAAUGCACGGAUUGAUGAACAAAUCAGUCGAUAAACUGUGUGAUUAUUUCUCCAAAGCAAUCAACACUGAUAGUGGAAAUAUGAACAUUAAGGAAGUGGCUAUGGGGUUCACGAUUGACGUGAUAGCCAGCACAUCGUUCGGUACCGAAACAAACGCUAACGAUGAUCGAUCCAAGAAGAAUCCGUUUUUAGAGAACGGCGUUAAAGUUUUUGAUUUUAACUUUUUCCGAUUCGUGCUUUUGUUUCUGUUGCCCAAAAAGUUCAACAAGUGGAUUAACAACGAAACUGGAGGAGAUCCCAAAGUGAUGAACUUUUUCAUUGACUUGUCCCGAGAGAUCAUCAAGCAGCGCAGAAGGCAAACAGGCGCCAAACGCAAUGAUCUCGUUCAGCUGAUGAUGGACGCUUUUGUAUAUGAUGAAGAUCUGAAGGGUUUCGACAAGUUGGAAACCACUGAGGACCAUGAUCACGAGAAGACAGUUGAAAAAGAGCACAAAACUGGCUCAAUCAAACGCUCUUUGAGCGAAAACGAAAUUAUUGCUCAAUGUAUCAUCUUUUUCUUAGCUGGGUUUGAAACUACCGGAACUACCAUUGCCAACGUUUUGUAUAACUUGGCACUCAAUCCGGACGCUCAAGAACGACUGCACUCAGAAUUAGAGAUGGCACUAGAGGGAGUAGACGAGAACAGCAGCGAGCACUUUGACAUAGUUAACGGAAAAAUUCCUUACUUGGAAGCGGUAAUCAAAGAAACGCUGAGAAUGACGCCGCCAGUGCCGCGACUUCAACGUCGUGUAGGCACUGACACCUACAAACUGAACGGAGUGACCCUGCCAAAGGACGUGACAGUGGAGGUGGCCGUGUACGCGAUUCACCAUUCCGACGAGUACUACCCGGAGCCCUCAAAGUUUAACCCGGAUCGAUUCAUGCCGGAGAACAAGCACAAACUAGUCCCCUACACCUAUCUGCCCUUUGGCGCUGGUCCUCGAAAUUGUGUUGGCAUGCGAUUCGCCUACCAGGAGCUUCGUCUCUGUCUCGCCAAGAUCGUUCGCCAGUACAAGUUUGCCCCCACGGCAGAGACUGAAAUCCCUAUGGUCUACAACAAAAUUGGCAUUGUCAGCGCAAAGAACAUCCAGCUGCAA